UGCGACCAAGUGUGCAAAUUCCAUAGUGUGCAUUUCCCAAAGAUGCAAGUACAGGAUGGAAAGUCAUCGGAAGAGGAAGGAGAAACCCAAUCCUUUCUCCCCGAAAACCUCUCACCAAAUACAUUCCCUCUCACACCCCCCGUUUCCCCCCGCACCUCAACAACCUCCCUUCUCCCCCGCCGGCACGCAAGAUCACCCACAAGCACAACCCUGCUCCUCCUCCUAGCCCUUGUCCCAGAAGGUAUUCUCGAAGCCAUGCUCAUACCGCUGUACCCCUACCUCGUUCGCGCAACCGGGGUGGAUGAAGGCUCGGUAGGAUACUAUGCCGGACUACUGAGUUCGGCAUUUUACGGUCCGUUGUUUGUAACCAAUGUUGUUUGGGGUGGUAUAAGCGACCGAUACGGGAGACGGAGAGUAUUACUUUUAGGUGCUUCGUUUGGGUUUUUGGCUGCAGUAUUGUUGUCGAUAGGACAGAGACUAGAAUUGCUAUUUGUGGCGCGCCUACUGGCUGGCACAUUUGGUGCCAACUCAACCGUCACCAAAGGAACGUUGGGUCUUCUCUGGGGAGACGAUGAUGGACGUGCAUGGGCUUAUUCAAUGUAUGGAGGCGUAUAUGGCGUUAGUGGGAUUCUGGGGCCGGUGUUGGCGGGGUUGUUGGUGGGAGAUGGGGAGUUCCAGAGGGCGUGUUGGGUUGGUGCGGUGUUGAUGGGUGGUGCUGUUGGGGUGCUUUGGUGGGGUGUGAAAGAUGGGGAAGGUGGAUACAGCGUCUUGGAUAAUCAAGAUUCAUCCAAAAGCCUCCCGGACGAGGACGAUGGCGACGAAGUAAAAGAUUCUGUUGAUGACACUCUCGACACUGUCGACCCGCCUUCCCCCAUACUCCCCAUAACACUCUACUGCAUAACAGCCUUCACAACCUCACUCUAUAUGACCGCCCUCCCUCUCUACCUCUCCUCACCCUUCCCAGGCCCAAAUCAAAGCCCCCAACAAACAUCCUACCAAGUUAUGUUGAUCGCAGUCACGAAACUGCUUGGACAGACACUAUGCUUCCGAUUUGUAUCACGUUGGGUGGGAAAAUGGGGAUGCGUUCUUUUGGGUAUGGCAGGGUUUCUUGUAGGUUUACUCGUAAUCGGUUUACGAGUUUUGGGGUUUGUGGAGGGAGGCCUGGAACUUGUGCUUGUCCUACUAGGUCUUUCUGAGGUGUGUGCGUACCUAGCUGUUAUUGUCCUCAUCACGGACGCAGCAUCGAAACAGUCAUUGGGUCUUGUGCAUGGUGUGGCCUCAACCUGUGCAGCAGCAACAAGGACUGUUGCACCUGCUGUUGCCGGAAGUUUGUGGCAAUGGGGUGUAGGUGUUGGAGGGGCAGGUCGGGGGGUGGUGUUUUGGGCUGGGGCUUUUGUCGGAGCUCUUGGACUUUUGGCUGCGGCGUGGGGACUGUCUAGGAGGUCGAGAGUAGUGGAGAGAAUAGAAUAGAUUUUGGUACGAAAUGCAAGUUUGACCGGAUUUGUAUGCUGCGUGAGCAUGUCUCGGACUAUAUUGUAUUUCUUCAUUCGCCUUACCGCGAGCCACCUGAUGA